GGAAGGUUGACUGCAAAUCUGAACAACAACCACAUUACCAUUGUUACCCUGACUUGAUUCUCUUGAGACUAUUUCUUGAAGUCUUUCUCUAAACCCCAUAUAGCUUGUUGUUUCGAGCGCAACUCGCUCACACCCUAUACAAUCCAACCAUCUCAUGAUGGCUCAACAGAGUUUUGUUGAAGACGUUGCUAUUGUGGGCUUGUCUUGCCGCACUGCUGGUGGAAACGAUACCCCUGAACAACUCUGGAAGUUUCUACUUGAUCAGAAGCAGGCCUCUGGAGAGGUGCCCUCUCAACGAUGGGAACCAUGGCUCCAGCGGGAUCCACGAAAUGUCAAGAUUCUCAAGAACAUCAUCCGCAAAGGCUAUUUCUUGGACAACCUAGAGCACUUUGAUGCAGCGUUUUUCGGUAUCUCCCCCAAGGAGGCCGAGCUGAUGGAUCCACAUCAUCGCUUAGCACUGGAGUUGACCGUGGAAGCACUGGAACACGCAGGCAUCGAUCUGAAGCGUCUUGCGAAGAGUGACACAGCUGUGUACAUGGGCGUUGACUCAGACGACUACUCUCGCAUGUUGAUGGAAGAUCUGCCAAGCAUCGAGGCCUGGACUGGCAUUGGUACCGCAGCUCACGGCAUUCCGAACAGGAUCUCAUAUCAUCUAGAUCUUCAAGGGCCCAGUACAGCUGUUGACGCGGCGUGCGCAAGCUCACUUAUAGCCAUACACCUGGCUCGUCAAGCUAUUGUAUCAGGAGAGAGCAAUGUGGCCAUCUGCGGUGGUGUCAAUGUCAUUUGUGCACCAGGGUUGUCACAUAUGCUUCAAAAGGCUGGCGCUCUGAGCACUGAGGGUGUAUGUCGAUCGUUCGACGAAGCAGCAUGUGGUUAUGCACGAGGCGAGGGUGGUGCAGUUGUUGUGCUCAAACGCCUCAGUUCCGCAAUGGCAGAUAAUGACAACAUCCUCGCUGUUCUGAAAGGCACCGCCUCGGCGCAAGACGGCAAGACGAAUGGCAUCAUGGCACCCAAUGCAAAGGCACAAGAGAUGGUAGGACGACAGGCACUCCUACGGUCUGGAGAUAUCGAUCCUUUGACCAUCGGAUAUGUCGAAGCUCACGCAACAUCAACAUCUCUCGGCGAUCCUACGGAGAUAGACGCGAUUGCCAAAGUAUACGGCACCGGACGAGCCAGAGAUCUACCCUGCUUCAUCGGAAGUAUCAAACCCAACGUGGGACAUCUUGAGGCAGCGGCAGGUGCGAUUGGCUUUGUUAAGACGGUGAUGACUGUACAGAAGGGAGAGUUGGCGCCGCAGGCUUUACUCGAGAAUCUCAACUCCAAAAUUGAGUGGGAGACGAGUGGUCUAGAAGUCGUGCGAGAAGCAGGAAGUUGGCCUCAGGGUAACGGCCCGCGGCGAGCAGCAGUUUGUUGUUAUGGAUAUGGAGGCAGCGUCUGUCACGCAAUCAUCGAACAAACGCCGGUCUACCAUACUUCUGAAGAGAAGUGCGAUCAACUUAACACGGCAACUGAAGUACUCAUCCCGCUUGUAUUGUCGGCACAUCAAGAAAAACGACUUGUUGGUCAUGCGAGUACGCUAGCAUCGUGGCUGUCCGCUGAAGGAAGAUCGGAGGAUCUGACUGCUAUUGCAAGGACGCUCUCUCAACGCCGUGCAGCUCAUGACUACAGGGCAGUAUUUGUAGUCGCCAACCACGAAGAAGCUAUCCGCGCUCUUACAAAUUUCGCACAAGGCAAGCAAGACCGAUGCACUGUCAACAAUCGAAUCAUAGGGAAUACGAAUCGAAGAGGCGUCGUGUGGGUGUUCUCGGGUCAUGGAGCGCAAUGGCCCAACAUGGGCAAAGAACUCUUGCACAACGUCAUCUUUCAGGCAGGAUUCUCUGUUUUAGAAGCCUUGGAGAGGGGUGAUCUCGGUGGCUCCGAUAGAAUCCAAAUUCUCACGUCGAAGGGUGUUUCGCCUCAAGCAGUUAUUGGACACUCAGUUGGCGAGAUCGCGGCAGCCGUGACCGCUGGUUGUCUCACAAUGGAAGAAGGCGCUGUUGUAGUGCAAGGACAAGGGGCGAUGGCCCUCGUGAAUCUACCAUUCGCGCAAGUUGCACAGGAGCUUGAGAAGAAGACAGAUGUUGUUGCUGCCAUAAAGUCCUCGCCAUUUUCUUGUGAUUAUGUGGAAGAUGCUGGGCGACGAGGCGUGAAAACUUGGAAAAUUCAAACCGACAUCGCUUUCCAUUCUCCGAUGCGAGAGAUGAACCCACGACCAGCGGAAAUCCCAAUAUACUCAACAUCACAUCUAGACGCGCGGACUAUGGCGCCCAGAAACACAGGGUAUUGGAUACAAAACAUGGUUGCUCCCGUGCUGCUCGAGGAUGCCAUCGAUGCCGCCCUGGAGGAUGGGUAUCGGAUAUUUUUAGAAACUCUCGCCGCUCGGUCUAUCGAAGAGUCCGCUGCUUUCGGGCUUAUGCGACGUGAUAUACCCACAGAACUCGAGAUUUUACACGCAGUCUCAUACCUCUAUACUCUAGGGGCGCAGGUCGACUUUCGUAUCCAGCUAGGAGCUUCUCCAUGGUCUGUAUUAGUACCAAACACGCCAUGGGUUCACAAGCCAUACUGGAAAACUAUCUCAACUGUACCACUCACCGAUACUCGACAACAUGAUAUUGACAUGCACACAUUGCUUGGUGGGGUGAAAGAUGUCGCAGGAAGUGAUAUGAAGAUUUGGACCACAACUCUGAAUGAUACAUCGAAACCAUAUCCGUUGACGCAUCCACUUGAUGGGACGGAGAUCAUUCCGGCUGCUGUAUACUGCAACACAUUUCAUCGCGCAACCGAAGCUUCGAUUAUCGACAAUCUGAAGCUCCGUAUUCCGUUACCCAUGACAGCAGAUGAGCGCGAAGUUCAAGUCGUUACCAAGUGUAACAAAAUUUAUAUGUACUCCCGGCUCAGUAACCCCAAGAGAAUACUAGACAGCGACGAUUUUGAACAUACCUGGGUUGAGCAUAGCACUGCGGAAUUUAGCACAGUCGACAUGGCUCCAUAUCAAAUUCAACACUCCAUCUCCAAUAUCAAGGCACGUCUUCAUACUCAGUUAUCAAACAACUUUGCAUGGGACUAUCUCCAGAAGAUCGGAGUUUCCGGGAUUGCUUUCCCAUGGGCUGUCUUGGAGCAUUUCGGUGAUGAAAAAGAGAUGCUAGUCAAGAUGGAUAUGGAUCCUGUUUCUCAAACGAUGUCAUGGAACAAAGUCUCAUGGGCACCUUUCCUUGAUGCUGCCACCUCUGUUGGAUCGUCCAUAUUCUUCAAGAGCGUCCGACUGCGCAUCGUGAGCGGUAUCGAUCGAGUGCUCUUUCUCUCAGAUAUGACUCCACCAAAGAUCGGCUGGCUUUUCAUCGAGGAAAUGAGCGAAGAUCAGAACUUACGGGUAGAUAUCAGUGUGUUGGAUGAAGAGGGACGACUGUUGGCCAAACUAGAGGGGAUGAGAUUCUCAGACGUGGAGGCCGUAGACGAGAAAAGCAAAGGUGUGGACACACUUGUGCAUCAAAUUGCUUGGGUGCCACCCAAGUUCGCUGAAACACCGCUUUCAUUGACGCAUGUGGUUCUUGUCGCUACGGACAGUCAGAUAGCCGACAAACACGCCAGUAGUCUACAACUCCAGACACGGGAUACGAUAUCGGUACGUUCUAGUGUAGACUUAUACAAGCCGCAUGUGAUGAGGAUUUUGGCGGAGAAGGAUACCUAUGUAUUCUACAUACCCGGCGUUGUCGAAGAGAUGGAGCAGGUGGCUGCCGCAACUCAUGCCUUCACAUGGGAGACGGCUAGUUUGCUCAAGAUUCUCUCGACCAUCCCGAAUAGCCCAAGGCUCUUCGUCAUCACUGAUAUGGCCUACUCAGGAAGGACACCGACUACACUCGCACACUACCCGCUGCACGGCUUCGCACGUAUCGCAGCAUCAGAGCAUCCCGAGCUUUGGGGUGGUCUGAUCGACAACGAGGGAACUGUACUCCCCCUAUUGGCAAUCAAGUAUGUCCGGGACCAGGAUGUGAUUCGCAUGCAGGAUGGUCUUCCACGGGUGGCGAGGAUGAGACCAUUUGUAAAAGACCAAUUACAACAUGACUCGAGCAAAGCUCUGCUACCACGACCGCAUGGAACGUAUCUUGUCACAGGAGGCUUCGGAGAUCUUGGGCUAGAAGUCCUUGAUUUUCUGGUCCAGAAGGGCGCGCGGCGAGUUGUAGUGGUCUCUCGCCGGCCACUUCCACCUCGCAAAGACUGGCAUAGUGCUACUGGUCAAGCAGCUGUCAUCAUUGAGAAAAUACAGAAACUGGAAAGUUUGGGUGCGUCCAUUCAUGCCAUAGCGCUCGACAUUGGAUCUCCUUCCGCUUCUACCACAAUGCUCUCUCGGCUUGAUCAGCUUUCCCUCCCCCCUGUUUUGGGUAUCGUCCAUGCGGCUGGAGUCGCAGGAUAUGAUUAUAUAAAGGAAGUGACAUCCGAUUCGCUUGCUUGUGUACUUGCGCCGAAAGUGCAAGGUGCGCUGGCACUCCACAACGCAUUUCCGCCCAAGUCACUGGAUUUUUUCGUUCUCUUCUCUUCGAUUGGUCAGAUCGUUGGGUCAGCUGGGCAAUCCUCAUAUGGAACUGCCAAUGCAUUCCUUGAUGGUCUUGCAAUCCACCGACGUGGGUUGGGCGACAAUGCAAUAGCAAUACAGUGGACUGCAUGGAGGAAUAUGGGUCUGGCUGCAGAGUUUUGGGAUUACCUGAUAUUGGAAUUGGAAAACAAGGGUGUCACGGAUAUUACCAUUGAGGAAGGAUUCCAGGCCUGGGAACAUCUUUCCAUGUACGACACCGACCAUGCUGUUGUGACACGGACGCGCAUCCUUGAUGCCAACGAACCAUCUCCGUGUCCCUUGAUUGACGACAUCGUACAACGCCGGGCUCCUGUCCUCACUCCUUCAACAUCUUCGUCUUCACUAUUGUCGAUUGGGUCAACUUCGAUACCGAAAUCUGGCCCAGAACUCAAGGCUGACCUGAGUCUCAAAAUCCGCGAGUGUCUGUGCGCAGUAUUGCAUCUUGAUAUUGAGGAUAUCGACGAUAGAGCAGCGAUCGCAGACCUAGGCGUCGAUUCAGUGAUGACAGUCUCCUUGCGUCAACAGCUGCAGAAGGUGAUGGGUAUCAAAGUUCCACCGACACUCACAUGGAGCCACCCUACAGUGAUUCAUCUGAUCGAUUGGUUUUACGCGCAGAUUGAGAGUGGCAAGUGAUGCUGCUCCAUAUACCGUGUGUGCAUUUGGUUUUAUAUUGGCUGUACUAUGGCUAGAAUCAUUGUAUGGUGGUUUGAGGCUUCGAUUUGUUUUGCGUUGGGGAUAGUUUGGUAGGGCAUUGCUCGCUUCCAAUGUACUCGCGUAUUUGUUUCCUACCUCGCUC